AUGCCUUCAGGUCAAGGAGCCGGCACGAACCCAAUCCACAACAAGAAGCCCAAAAAGGCCGCAAAAGGCGAGGAAGAUGAAGAGGACAAGGCCUUCAAGCUGAAGCAGGCAGCUGACAAGAAAGCUCGCGAGGAAAUGGCAAAGAAGGCGGGCGGCAAGGGCCCGAUGAACACGGGCACUCAAGGCAUCAAGAAGUCUGGCAAGAAAUAA